UAUCAAUGUUUGGCUCUGAUGUGAUGUAACAUCUGCUUCGGAGAUGUCAUUAUUAUACAUGUACGCUGUGAGUUGUAUACUAUAGCUGGAAGGAUACGGCAGUGCAUAGAAAGAUAUGUCAACGACAGCUGCAAUAAACAGUUUCACCGAAAUAAUUAACGAGAGCUUUGAAAACAAAUUAUACAUGAAGACUGACUUCUUCGAUCUAACUAAAGCUCUUGAUUGCGUGCAGCAUGAGAUACUACUGUCGAAGCUCACACCACCUUAGAAAACCUAGAUAAUGAAUCGGCAGCAUGCAGGAGGGACAUUCAGAACUGAAUUUUGACGCAAAUGAUGACGACGCAAGAACAGUGCUGUUUCGAGAGG